AUUGUUGUAUGCUCACUUUCAGAGAAAAAAUACUUCGAAAUCUCCUUGAAGGAGAAAAUGUUGGAGCCCUUGUUCAAACACCCCAAGAUGGCAGGCAAGGUACCAAGAAACUAAAACAUGUGCUCUCAAAGCGUGAAGGGACUGCAAGAGAAACCAGAAAACGGUGUGUCAGCUGCUACAGCAAAAUGAAGGAAGAAAGGGGGGCCAAAGCAGCAAGGACGUACGCAAAACGUGUUUCAACUUACUGCAAAGGGUGCGAUGAGACUCCUACAAUGUGCUUAGAGUGUUUUUAA